AUGAUGGGACGCCACUUAAAACAAGCGCUCGACAUGACAGUCAAGCAGUCCAUCCAUGCCGGUGAAACCCAUCCUCCUGGUUCAGGAUCCAUAAACCACACCCCCAACUUUGACCCUGAAGACCAUCUGGCCGAAAGAACCAACAUCGGGAGCGCUGGAGAGGGGUCAUCCGGCGGGCUAUCAGACGUAGUGCCGCCCCCAGCCCCGCACGAUAGUAGAAGAACACCACCAUCCUCAGCCUUGGACGAAGGCUCUUCGACUCUACAAACGUUGGUGCCGACGACCAACGACACUCGACCAUCGAAAUCGCCAAUGUAUCAUCCUAUCAGGACUUCAUACGACAACAACGACCAGACGGCCUCGGAGAUCGUUUGGGAGGACGAGCCUUUGAUCUGGAGAAUCAUCGCCCAGGGCUGGAGCUUCAAGAAGGCAUUCCCAGAGAUCUUGAAGCUCUCGUGCUUUCUUUACCUUACCAAGUUCUUCCCCCACGCCCGUUGA